AAGGAAAACCGUGGAAAACGUCAAUAAUUCGUGAGUUUUCCAUUUUCACCAGUGUUGUUUUCAUGGUGGAAAAUUUUCUCUUUGAAAUUAGCAGUAAAAGCGAGCGCUUUUCCUGAUUUUUUUGGACCUAUUGCUAAAUUUAUCUUGAGCCUCGCUGCUUAGUGUUGCAGUAACGUACCGGAAGUGGACAAAGGGCGCGAAAUUCGAUUACAUAUGGACACGUAUUUCAAGCUAAAUUAACUGUACAAGCGAGAAAAAUUUCUUCUCUUGACAGUUUUCACUUCCCACCCCCAUAAAUUUAGCUGGUACUCGUAUUACGAGUCGCAUACAAAUAGGAAACCCAGACUGCGUGGGACGAUGACGACGUCGUCCUGAACGGGAUAACGAACUGUUUUGCCACGGUCACAGCCUAUCAGUAUGCCUGUUGGGUUCGCUAAAGAUUUCAUUGUUUGAGAAACUUGUUAUCUAAUUUGAUAAAAAUGUCCAUCGAAAUCGAGGUCAGUGAGUGUAGCGAUAAUCUCUCCCAGAACAUGGACGACUAUUGCGAAGAAAAGAUUGAAGAACCGUGUGGAACAUCCCGAGGUCUAUUUGUAGAGAAUGACCAGAUGUUGCGAAAGGCUGUAUCCGACGAUGAAUUUGAUUUCGAUUCAGCAUUCAGUUCCGAGUCGAACAACAUGUUAACGGAUGAGAGCACCAAUGAAAGUGGUGCAAUUGGAAACGAUGAAGCCUUCGAGGAAAAUGAACGACUCCGAUCGUUAGAGGACGAACACGAAGCACUAUCCUCUAAUUUGAUCGCCCUCACGUCACACUUUGCUCAGGUCCAGUUAAGACUACGCCAGAUUGUAGAAUCUGCACCGGAAGAGCGGGACAACCUUCUGAAGAACUUGGAAGAAUUUGCCUUUCUGGGAAUACCGGAAAUGCAACAGAAUCCAGUCAAGAAAAACAUUCCGGGAAUAGUAGCAGACUUGGACAGGAGCCCAGAGUCAGCCGAACAUCUGCGUGAGAAACAACAUGCCUUGAUCGAUCAGUUGAAAAACCAACUAAUUGACUUGGAACGGUACGCCUAUGAAUCUGGAGCGGGAAUUCUCCCUCAUACGAUGCUGCUCGAGAAGCAGAAAGUCAUUAUCGAUGAAAUCAAGAACAAAAUCAACCUUAACCUGAACGAGCUGGAUUUACCGCAGCUUACUACGGAAGACCUGCGAAACCAGGUGGACACUGCGUUAGAUGAACAGCUGGUUAAUCCACUCAAAAUGAAGGAACAACUAGUAUCACAGCUCAAAACGCAAAUUCAAGACUUGGAACGCUUUAUCAGUUUCCUGCAGACGAACGAAAAGGAAGAAAUCAAGAAACGAUUCUACCAGCAACAAGAACUGGCCAAAGCCGAAGCAGCUGAACGCACCGAGGCCCAAGAACGUGCCAAGACUCGCUCGAUUGCUUCCCAUAGUAAGCCGGAAGUGAAAGCUAGCAAAAGUUUCGAGGAAAGAGACACGGCUAAGCGGGAGACGCUAAACAGUAAGGCGUUUGGCCUGAUGGACAAAGCCAGUACGAUUCUGCAGAUGUUCGCUCUGUCGCAGUUCAACUGCGGUAGCGACCGCAAUCGGGAACAAUUCCAACGAAACAUGAUGAAACGCUCCAAAGAGAACUGUUGGGGAGAUGUCCGGGCAAAGUUGGAGAUUGACGUGCAGGAAGUGGUUUCGCUAGCAAUGGACAUGCAAGAAGAUUUUCAGCUAUCGGAAACGGCAAGUGAGUGUGGAGAGCCACGAACAGUGAACAGUCGUAAAAAUUACGAGCUUACAAUGGUUGUACGAAAACAACUGGCUAAAACAAUCCAAGGACUGAUGCAACAUGGGCUGAGAGGAAUAACGGACAGCAGUGGAAGCCUAGUGCCAUUCAUAUCCGGUUGCUUUUCCGGGGGUGGAUAUCACAGUCAGAACCAAGCGAAGGCCAGUGAAGAGCGAUUCUACAAUGGAGACACGAGAAGGAGAAGUACAGGAGGAAUAGCUAAGGCAGCAACAACCCCACCGAAGCGUCAUUCAAACUCGGUGGAAGAAGAGGAAGAACCCAUAGAGAUGAAUCUGUUUACGCAGUUGGACGACAAUGAAGACGAGGAGGUGACUUACUCUAGUUCAGACGAAUCAGAGAUGCAUGCAUGGGAACUGUUACUAAUGUACUACAAUAUCAAAAAUGGUGAUAGAUAUAAUUCUACACCAGCAAGAAAGCUUUCCGAAAGCUUCAAUCUAGAUUUAGUGGAAGGAAGGCCACAAUCUAACAAGCAGAGUCUGCUGAGCACUAUUGGUACGAUCAUUGCUUUACACAGCCCCUACAAAAGAAGCUACAACUCGCAGUUCAAAGCUUUUAUCUGUGCUGCACUGAACGCCCAAAAGUUGACUCAAUGGCUCCAUCUGAUCUACCAAUGCAAGGAACUUGUUAGUUCGUAUUACACCUGCUGGAGCUACGUAGCCAAUACAGGAUUUCGCGAUGCGCUGAAGACUCUAGAUCGCCUCACGCAGUAUCGAUUCGAUCUACCGGUGGAUCUUUCCAUACGACAAUUUAAAAACAUCAAAGACGUUUUCAUGUAGAAUAUCUCUCCUUCGAGACGCUUUCUCUUUCUUCUAAUCUAGUCUUCUGAAUCAACAACAAAUAUUUAGGAAAAACUCGCAACAUUCCAAAACACUGCUAAAGAAACCCGUAAACAUUCCGUUCAAUAACAUUGCCUGAAAGUCUAUUGUCUAGUCGAAAGCAACACGAGAACCCUGUUAGGCGAUUACCAAUUUGAACACAUUCCAAAUAGGAUCGUCUUUAUUUUUCCUUUGAAUUAACUAAACACCUGAGCUUAAUACCAUCAGACACAACCAGCACAACUAUCAAAUACUUAUCAAUCAACAAUCAUUCGAAAACAACUUCUUUAGAUGUACCAAUAACAGCUUAAAAAUGCACUGAACAUAACCCAAAGUCUAAUAAGAAUAAUUUGUUGAAAACAGUAUGUGAAGAUCAAUAUAGGGCCCUAUUAUAUAACACGAGUCGAGCGUCACAGGUUGACUCGACUUACAUAAUAAGGCCCAUAGAAGAUCGCAGUUAAAAUGUAGAUUGUUACAGCUGAGAAGGGACGGAGCAGAUGUAGUUGUGUUUUGCGUAUAUUAAGCUUUAUAAUACUAACCCAAAGAACUAUAUCAAUAUUGAACAAUAAUGACAUAACGAUCAAAACUUAAGCAACGUUAGAACGAGAGAAAAAAAACGUGAAACUGUUAACUACAACUGAAUUGCAUUGAGUUUGGAAAAGAUGACAUUAUACCGGGCCGAAGGGACGUGUUAGUAAAUGAACAGCUAGAGUUGCCGAAUAAUAAAAGUACCAAUGAGAAACACACAUACAUGACAUUUUUCUAAUUCGUUUUUAGGUAAGGCUCAACAUUCUUAAUAAAACUAUACGAAGCCGAAGGUUUUAGAAAACAAUUAAUGAAAGCACUUUUUCGAAGCUUGUGUGGAGUGCUACAGAAUUUUUCAUUCGCUUUCUAUCCAAAAGUAUGUUAUAGUUGUACCCAACAUUAGGUGAAUAUGAUUAUACUCAACGUUAGGUUC